UUUGUUACAUGAUGAAUUAGGAAAGGAAGAAAUCUUAUUGUGAGCAAUGGAAACUAGGAUGUCUUUGAUUUCCGCCACGCAAGAGACUCAACAUCUAUCCCAGGAGAAGGGUCAGAGUCCAGCCAAUGGGAACAGAGAACAGUUUGAUUCAGAUGAAGGUUCUAGCAUUGAGGAGACCGACUUCAACUGGGAUGAAUACUUGGAAGAAACGGGAGCAAGCGCUGCUCCUCACACCUCGUUCAGACACGUUGAAAUCAGCCUUCAGAGCAGUUUCCAACCAGGGAUGAAGUUAGAAGUGGCCAACAAGAACAAUCCGGACACCUACUGGGUGGCUACGAUCAUUACAACGUGUGGGCAGCUCUUGUUGCUACGUUACUGUGGCUAUGGAGAUGAUCGCAGGGCAGAUUUCUGGUGCGAUGUGAUGACAGCUGACCUUCAUCCAGUAGGCUGGUGUACACAGAACAACAAAGUGCUGAUGCCUCCAGAUGCAAUCAAAGAGAAGUACGCCGACUGGACGGCGUUUCUUAUACACGAUCUGACAGGCUCCCGAACGGCACCUGCAAAUUUACUGGAAGGCCCUCUGCGAGGAAAAAACCCUGUAGACCUCAUUACAGUUGAUUCCUUAAUAGAGCUGCAGGAUUCCCAGAACCCUUUUCAGUACUGGAUAGUUAGUGUGGUUGAAAAUGUUGGAGGAAGAUUACGCCUUCGCUAUGUGGGAUUGGAGGAGACUGAAUCCUAUGACCAGUGGUUGUUUUACUUGGAUUGCAGACUUCGACCAGUCGGUUGGUGUCAAGAGAAUAAAUACAGAAUGGACCCACCUGCAGAAAUCUAUUCUCUGAAGAAUAUAUCUGAGUGGAAAUGCGCUCUGGAAAAAUCCCUUAAUGAUGCAGCAAAGUUUCCUCUUCCAAUGGAAGUAUUCAAGGAUCAUGCUGAUUUGAGGAGCCACUUCUUCACAGUGGGGAUGAAGCUGGAGGUGGUGGACAUGAGGGAACCCUUUAAUAUCUGUCCUGCAUCAGUGACUAAGGUUUUUAACAAUCAUUAUUUACAAGUGACCAUUGAUGACCUGAGACCCGAACCCAGCAAAAUCUCAAUGCUCUGCCAUGCUGAUUCCUUAGGGAUCUUACCAGUACAAUGGUGCCUUAAAAACGGAGUCAAUCUCACACCUCCUAAGGGUUACUCUGGCCAGGACUUUGACUGGGCAGAUUAUCAGAAGCAAUGUGGAGCAGAGGCAGCUCCUCACUUUUGCUUUAGAAACACAUCCUUCAGCCGGGGCUUUACUAAGAAUAUGAAGCUAGAGGCUGUGAACCCCAGGAACCCUGCUGAAAUAUGCGUUGCUUCUAUCACCUCAGUUAAAGGAAGGUUAAUGUGGCUUCACCUGGAAGGUUUACAGAUGCCUGCUCCGGAGUAUAUAGUUGAUGUAGAGUCGAUGGACAUUUUCCCAGUUGGCUGGUGUGAAGCAAAUGCUUACAACCUCACGCCGCCCCACAAAGCAGUUUUACGAAAGAAGAGGAAGAUUGCAGUGGUGCAACCAGAAAAGCAGUUGCCAUCCGCAGUGCCUGUUGAGAAAAUACCUCAUGACCUUUGCCCAGUCCCUCAGCCAGACACAACAGGUACUGUCAAUGGGCGAUACUGCUGCCCCCAGCUCUUCAUCAAUCAUCGCUGCUUCUCAGGUCCAUAUUUAAACAAAGGGAGAAUAGCAGAGCUACCUCAGUCUGUUGGGCCUGGCAAGUGUGUGCUAGUGCUUAAAGAGGUUCUUAGCAUGGUAAUCAACGCAGCUUACAAACCAGGCAGCGUUCUCCGAGAACUGCAGCUAGUUGAAGACCCGCAGUGGAAUUUUCAGGAGGAAACACUCAAGGCAAAAUACAGAGGGAAAACGUACAGGGCAACAGUCAAGAUUGUGCGAACGUCUGAUCAAGUGGCAGAUUUCUGCAGAAGAGUCUGUGCAAAACUGGAGUGCUGUCCAAAUUUGUUUAGCCCUGUGCUGGUUGCCGAAGUCUGCCCUGAGAACUGCUCCAUUCAUACCAAAACGAAAUACACCUAUUAUUAUGGGAAGAGGAAAAAAAUCAUUAAGCCUCCAAUUGGGGAAAAUAACAACAUGAAAAGUGGACACAUCAAACCAGCAAGACGCAGAAAGAGGCGGAAAUCCAUUUUUGUGCAGAAGAAAAGGAGGUCGUCAGCUGUCGAUUUUAACGCUGUGGGAUCUGCAGAGGAAAGCGAAGAGGAGGAGCCAGAUGCUAUGGAAGAUGAGACAGGGAGCGAAGAAACCAGCUCAGAGCUACGUGAUGACCAGACUGACACCUCCUCUGCUGAGGUACCUUCAGCCCGACCAAGAAGAUCAGUGACGUUACGGAGCAGCACGGAGUCAGACAGACCUGCUCCCAUCGAGAGAGCUAGAAGGGGACGCAAAACACAGUCUCUCUCAUACCCUGAAGGAGAGAAGUGCACUCAAGUCAAGGAAGUGAGUAUAUUGGAAAUAAAGCAAGAAGAGGAAGAGAAACUCAUCCUCGACAGCAAUCCAUUGGAGUGGACAGUGACUGACGUUGUGAGGUUUAUUAAAUUGACAGACUGCGCUCCCCUAGCCAAAAUAUUUCAGGAACAGGACAUUGAUGGCCAAGCACUCCUGCUACUGACGCUCCCAACCGUGCAAGAAUGCAUGGAGCUGAAACUUGGCCCCGCCAUCAAGUUGUGUCACCAGAUCGAGCGAGUAAAAGUUGCUUUCUAUGCACAAUACGCCAACUGACUCUACUGCUCCUUGCAUUUCCUUCUCCUCUCUCUCUUUUUUUUUUAUUUUUAACGUUACAGUUCACUUGGGUUUUUCCUCAAAACACGUGGAAUUGGAAGCUCGGAGACACCUCCUGUAAAAAAACCAAACGAACAAAAAUCCAAGUGGAAUGAAUAUUUCCGUAUUUGUAAAGCACACUGAAGUAUUGCUGCCGUCUCUUUUUGUGAAACUCUCCAAGAGUGUUAUAUUGUGGGGGAGCAAGGCCAUAAUAGAGCAGAAGGUUUUAUCUUUUUUUUAAAAAAAGAACAAGCUUUCCUACAAACGGCAAACACAUUCCAUAGGGAAAACGUUCAAGCAUUUAUAGCUGAUUGUGGUGUCUUGAGGUCAAUUGCUGGACAUAAACGAUCCCUUCGGUGAUUCCAAAACACUUCUUUCAUAUUGAAAUGUGAGUGAUCGUUGUUCAAGUGACCCAUGGCUUCCUGCAACUUUGAUCUUAAUGAUCGAUGUGCUUUUUUUUUCUUUUCAGUCUUACAAAGAAGGAGAGAUAACAGUGAUGCCAUAAGGAACAUAUUAUCAAAUGAUUUUUAAACAGGAAAUCCAAACCAUGCUCUCUGUUGUACCAGUCACAAAUACAAUGAUCUAAAAGGCGUGCAUAGAACCCAGGAACUCUUCCCAAGCCCAGUAUAGCUAUGUACAGUAAGCUGAUUGUCUCUGUGGUUGGAUCUGUACAGUACUUCCUUCACUCUUGCCAUGGAGCAUGCAUGAAGUAUUUUAUACUAAAGCCCAUUAAGUUAUAGUCACUUAAUAUUCAAGGUCUGACUUUGAACCCCCCAAAAACAAGGACAUUCAGAUUUAAGGAUGAGGUUUUGGAGCAAAUUCUGAUUUCAUCUUCACCUGCGUACAUCUAUUGAAGUCAGCUGAGUCACUUGGAUUUAUGCUGGGGUAAGUGAGAUCAGAAUUUUGGCCCCAAACCUCAGCGAGGAGGGAUGUUGAUUUACACCAGCUGAGGAUCUGGCCCAACCCAUCCUUUUGUGCCUAUGUGUAUCAAGGUCCAGAUUCACCAGUGUACACCAGCUGUUCUGUGCCAAUCUGGCCAGUUCAACUGGAUGUGGGACUCCUUUGUGUCACUGGAGCGGUGCAAAAUAGCUGGAAUCUACCAGAGAACCUGGCCCAGCGUGUCCUUGUGACGAGGAUAAAGAGUUGUGUGAAACACCUAGGGUUUGGGUCAUCGGGGUUCGUGUGACCCUUUUUCCAUUUCUCAUGUGCUCCUGCCCCCCGUUGGGCCUGCUGUGAAUCAGGAUUCACUCCAUUUGUAAAACUGCCGAAAGCAGGAUCAGAAUCAGGACCAAGAUUGAGGGUUUUUUUCUUUGAGUUUAAGGUUCGAAUGAAUCUCCCCAAAAAGGCAAAACUCAGCCCAAACCAUCACAUUUAUCCUGGGUUCCGGGGAAGCCACAGAGUUUUACAUGGUUUCCUCUGAAGCCACAAACAAGCCAUUGUCCUCAAGGCUCAGGGAGCUCUGCCCGAAUCUUGGGUUUGUUAUGAAAAUUUUGCACAGCGCUGUUAGGAUAUUGUGAUGUCAGAUCACACUCCGGUGGAGACAGAAAUGUAAUCUUUGUCUUCAUUCUGAAAGCCAGAGCUUUUGCCCUCUUGACCCAGAUCUCAAACGUUAUCACUUCAACAUCGAUUUUUGGUUUCAAUUCUUUUUGGAGUUUACUUUAAAGCUCUGGUUUACACUGUCUCACUGCAGCUGACUUGGAUCUGAUUAUCCUGAAGACUAGGUAUGCUCAGAGAAGCCCACUGACCAUUAACUGCCAUUGGGUUCAAUCAUACAAAUUCCUUCUUGAGGACUCCUUAAAUUCUAUGGAUUUUUGGUGCAGUGUAAUGACUCGGAAACAUCCAUUACGUGCUGUAUCAAAAUCUGCUUAGGAGAAUGUUUUAUGCAAGAACUAUUGACUCAGUAUAGAUUCUAUAUAGAUGGCCCUAUAUAUUCUCAAGGAGUCUUUCUAGUUUGCCUUUUGGUGCCAUGAUUUCUGCUCUUGAUUCAUUUCAUUCUUCUGGAAUUUGGAUACAAAGAAAUUGCUGCAAAUGGGGCUGGAUCCUGCCAGACACCUAUUGAUUUUGAUAGACGUUUCAUACAUGGGGGACUGGCAGAAUCAGGCUCAGCUGCUUUGUCCUGCAGAUCCUAGUAUUAAAGUUUAAAUUAUCUUUAUUUAGAGGACGAGGAGAAAGUGGCUGCUCCUGUGCGGAGGCUUUUUGUUUGAUCACUAAAUGAAUUAACCCUUAAUUUGUCCUACAAGUCGUUAGAGAUGGGUUUUAUAAUGGAAAUUCUACUGGACAUAGAGCAGCGGCCCAUGUCACUCUAAUCAUUUUGAUAAUUGCUUUAUAACGUCCUCAUUUUUUUUAAAUAUCCGCCAUCUCUUUUAAAAUUUCCUAUGAUUAAACUCAUAUAAAGAAAGGGCCCAGAUUAUAUUCUGUGCCUAGUUUGCAUAGGGGACAACCAAAAGGGGCAGCAGGGAGCCUAUUCCCGCUUCCUGUCUAGCUGAGACUAUUCCCCACCCUGGCAUAGGUUAGAGCAACCUCAGGGCUGCUCUAACCUGUCAGCCAGCAGUAGUCCCAAGAGACUGUAUCUUAUCAAAGGAAGGCCAGAGUGCGCACACACACACUUGGGCCAGGCAGGGGGGUAUGUGGCACAGGAGCUGAGCAUACCUGAGCUGCCCUAGCUAAGGGCUGCCUGAUACUAGUGAAUUUUCAGCCCCUCAUUUGGAAGCUCACCAGAGAACCUGGCCCAGAGAGUUUAAUGCAUCCGAGCUCCUUGUUACCUACUGCAAGAACUUAGGAUCAUUCACAGUGCCGAUAGAGUGAAAGUCCUCUAACUGUAGCUAUUUCUGGGGCAGUGAAAUACUCCUGUAAGAAUGAAUCGGGGUGUGGACGGCUGCAUAUUUUGCACACAGGAUAAUGUCCAGUCUUGAAAUCCUUAGCUAUGUCCAGACGUUGGGUGGCAGCAUAGGCACCGACUCCAUGGGUGCUCCAGGG